UAGUACGCGAGCACACAACUUUUAUUUUCCUUGUAUUUUAGUUUAAGUUCAUUGUAACUCUGUAUUCUUUUUAUCAUAUGAUUAGAGCCAUGGCCAUGGAUUGUACAUUUUGAAAUGCUGUGAUUAAGUUAGUAUUUCGUUUGUUGUUAAUUCAGUCGCGGAGGGAUAUCAGUUGCGCCGCUGGGUUCUCGUUGUGGUGGGGAUUUUGAACCUCCUGUGUGCUGUUGUUAACUUUUUUAAUUAUUACAGUUGGUUUUAUGGCAUUUUUGCAAUAUUUUAAUGUAAGUUAUUAAUCCACAAGUAGCCUAACAGCCCGGGCGUCGUCACGGUAACUUUGCAAAAUGUCAACAAUCGAGAUGAGCUCCACUGCCCCUGAGGAGGAACAGCAGGGAUCCACAACUGUUUUAGCAGAUCUCUCUAUUCCCAUAAACUUUUCAGAGACCACAGCAGCUGACUUUGGCAUUUCUGUUCAAAGCUUUAUCCCAGCAUCACAACCCUCUUCAAACCGCAAAGAAAAGUCACGUCUUGCUCAAUUAAAAGAGAGGCGAAGAUCUAACAUCGGUGUCCGUGGCUCACCUGAAACCAAUUCGCUCAUUCGGUUCAUCGCACAACAGAGAAUGAAGACACCACCGACUCAAGCCACUCCAGAGCUUGUCAGACAGAGCCCAUUCCUGCCGCUGGUCGCCUCCACGCUGAGGCAGAAGAUGGCGUGUUUCCAGAGCCUGAUGGGAAUGGAGGAGAACGGGGACAGCAGCUCUGGGGGAUGCAUCACCACAAGAGAUGAUCUGUGUGAUGGCAAAAACCUUGAAGCUGGUAAAGAAAACCACCCUCCCUCCAUAGCACUCCCACCCAACAAGAAGAGGCGCCUGGGCCUCUCUCAUGGCUGUGAGGGUGAGAUUACAGAGGACAGUCACCCUCCCCUGCUCUUCAAACAGCUGGAGGAAGAAGACUCGUCUGUGAAACACAGAUCACUCCAGUCCGAUAAAUCAGAGGGGCCACCUGCUCAAGCGCUGGUCAUUUCACCUCCAUUCACUGAAGGAGAGCUGCCAGUGUCUCCAGACGCCCAGCUCUGGCCCCCUGUGGAGAACCAGCAGGAGGUUGUUUUUGAACUCGAGAGAAUCCACCAGCCCAGACCUGAUGACCCCUCAGCAGUGUCUGCAGAGUUGCCUGUUUCCCACUUCACCAGCCCCUCCAUCUCCUCUCUGCUGGAGAUGAAGCCCUCAGCAGACUCCCUCAGCAGCCCCACAUUAAGGAAAAAGAAGAAGCAGGUGCGUUUUGGAGAGCCUCUGCCCCCGGAGCUGUUUGACAAGACCCUGCCCCCCAGCACCCCUCUGCAGAAGGGGGGCACUCCAGCCCGGGUGCCUACACCCGGAGGUGCCCUGAAGCUGCGCUCUCUGCUCAAGACUCCUCAAAGAGGCGACUCUCCCUCCACACGAGCCCAGCUCGAGCUCAGCAGCCCCUCUGUGUUUGCCUCUCCUACUCUGUCCAUGCCUCGUAGCCGCAGGACAGCCACUUCAGAGGACGAUGAGGAGGAAAUGAGCGGAAUGAUUCCUUUCCCCAUAGAGGAGAUUGAAAAAGAAGCUGCCAUAGCUGAAGAGUCUUUAAAUGCCCAGCUGCCGAAUUUGGACACUGCUUUUAAUGAAGACUCUAUUUCUCACACUGAAACAGAAUGUGAAACUAAAGCAGUUGAAACAGUCUGCCUGAUGGACAGUCUGCCUCAUGAACCCCUACAGGAGGAGGAGCCUCAAACAGACAUUGCAGCUCCUGCCUGUGGCACCAGCAACAGCAGAAGAAGAGGGGGAAAGGCUUCACAUGACACAACAGAGGCUUCCGCUCGCUCCAGUGGCCGUAAGAGAAAGCUGCCAGAGGAGAGUGAACCGGUGAAGAGGUCGUCACGCUCUGCUGCCAAGACGGCCUCUGGGAAGAUGAAGGCGAGCACAGCAACGCGCCGGUGGAACAAGAAAGUCGACCGCAGUCUGUACGGCUCUCGAGAGUAUGCCUCCAAAAACCCCUCCCUCAGCCCCAUUACAGAGCGUCUGUCCUUAGGGCUUUCUUUCAGCGCAGAGGAGCCUCCAGCCCUGCACCACACAGCCCCAAGCCUGACGCCUCACCCUGACCUCCGCUGUAAUGGAAAAUCAGUCAGCGGUGACCUACCGACAGCCGUGGUGCCACAGACAGGUGACACGACAGCCCUAAACACUUCUACAACUCCCCAAGUCUCGCUCUCGCUUCCUGUGGCCAACAAAAAGAACUCUGCUCAACGGACGAGGAGGCGGUCAGGGUCAAAGGGCACAGGGAGAGCACUGAAGGGUAUAAAGGUCAGUGUUAAUGAUGACCAAGCAGACGCGAGGGUGCAUGACAGGAGUGAGGAGAACUACGCGGAACAAGAGGAGACAGAGGAAACCAAAAGAACUGAAACUGUAUUUAAAAGUACUGGAGACGCAAGAAGUGAUAUUAGUGCUAUGAACUUGUUAGAUGCUCCUACAGCUAUGAAUGAGAAGUCCGAAUCACCCACCAUUUUGGAAGCCACCACUGGCUUUUCUGCAGGUGAAGAAUUCAAACAUGCAUUAGGAGAAGUUGAGCCAGGUCAGGAAAAUGAACCAGACGACCAAAUGAACCAUGAAGUUGAGAGAGGACAGGGAGACCAAACACUAAGCCAGCGAGAAACUACCCGGUCAAGGUCUGAUGAGCAUGAAGCGGAGGAGGAGGCCGGAGCAGCAUCAGCCCUGAGCCUCCCUCCCUGGCAAGACGACUUCAACUUCGAGGACGUGUUCAAGCCAGUCCCCACAAGAGGGCAGCGUUCUGUUCGACGCAGUUUGAGAAACCAGAGCAGUGCCGAUCACAUCAGUAGUGGAGGACUGGCAUGGGUUCCCCGCAUCUCACCAGAAUCCACCAAGGAGUCCCGAAGGAGGACGAGAGGACGGCGACAUAGCGCUGCCCUGCCCGCACCAGCCUUCGAAGUGACCCAGGCAUGAGAACUAAUACAAAGAUUAUUUAAAGGGUCCAUAUUGAGUUUUUUUUCCUAUCAAUAUUCUAAUGUUGUUUCUUCAUCAAAAACAUACCUGGAGUUCUGUUUUGUUUCAUUCACACACAUUUAACACACAAUUCCUGCGUAUUUAGGCUCUGUUCCACCUUGUAAUGUCAUGCAGUAAUACAGGAAGUGUUUUUCAAAUUCCCAUUCAAUAUUACUCAUUCAAAUCAUUUGGAUGAUUUUAGCUCUGGAAUUGCCAGUCUACUAACCAUAAGGCAAAAGGUAACUGUUAACUUGAAAUCUACCACUUCAUGACAACACAAAGUAACUGUAGACUGACUAAUAAUGCAGGAUUACACAAACAUGAAUGAAACAAAACACAAAUCCAGAUAUGUUUUUGUAGAGGUAACAGCACAACAUGGCUAAAAGCUCACCUUAGUCCAUUUUGUGUAAUAUAGGACCUUUAAACUAACCACACGGGAUGGGCCUUUUUGACUGGCAGAUUCGAAACAGACAUGGCAAUUUGUGUAGCUCCACACUGCUGUCCUUAUAAUGAAAUGUCUUUCCAAAGAACAUUACAGAAAAUAUCGGCGCUUUUGUUCCCUGUGAAUUAUUUUAAGCCACGCCGUAAUUUGUAGCCAAUUUCUCUCUCCGGUAGUAACCAAGUGGGUCAAUACAGUCCAAUCAUCUCUGCUGACCACCUCCAAAUCAAUAGGCCUCCGCUCAGGCUGGUAAUCACAGUGCAUCUUCAGCCCCUCUCUCUCUCUCUCUUCCCAAGUCACUCCAUUGAGCACUUCAAGAGUCAAUAUUUUCACUUUAUGCAGAGAUGAAAAUGCUAUCGGUCGUUUUGCAGCUGUCCGGGCGCCCUGGAUGUCACUGGACUUUAAUGGAAAAAUAAUUAAGGGAGAUAUCAAAUUAUAGGCUUGAGUCAUCCGGUUGAUUUGUGGUUGCUUUUCCUGCUAGUGGUAACCACGGCGUUUGAACUGGAAUAUUGUGGAAAAGCGGGAUCAUUUGAGUAGUUCAAUUCAAAUUUGGAUUUUGUACGAAAAUUGUGAUAAAAGAUAUACGCAAAAUGUGAAGUUUAACACAGCAAAUCAUCUAGCUUCAAGCAUUGCUGCAAUUUUUGAAUAUAGAUUUUCUACUAGAUGCUGUUCCUUGUUACAAAACGACACCACCCAGUCUGAUAAUUUAAUAUCUGUGCUUAACCUUUACUGCAUUACAAGUCUGUAUUUUUGAAUUGAACUACUAGCAUAAUUUAAUUAAACUUUUCUUAUUUUUUGUAAAUAUGCCUGGGUAAUAUCUAAAGGACAACCUCUGUUUACACAAAUCUGAUGGCAUUUUCUGUGAUUUUAAUAAACACUUUUAUUGUUUUGUAGAAA